AAAAUAUUUUAAUACAGCAAUAAACAUGACUGUACAAAGUUCUUAUUCUCCGUAGUGGAACCAGUAUCACCAGCUGAGGACGCAAUUACGUCAUGAGGCCGCCUAACGCAGCUGAGGAAAAAAGCUUGAAAAACUGCAAGAAAGUGGUAUCUCUGUGUGAGAUCAGAAUUGUAAAAAGCAAUGUGAAGGCAGAUGUGGCUUUAUAACUGACACAUAUCAAUUGAAAUUUGUGUGUCUCUUGUCAUUGUUUUGCCACAACUGGAAUGCUGUCCGUGUGGAAAAAGAAAUCAGUGGAGAAUCAUUAAGGGUGAAGGAUACUGAGGGGGCAGGGAAAAAAAGAAAACAACAUGGCGGCAGUGGAAUUGGAGUGGGUCCCCGAGACAUUAUACAAUACAGCGAUCUCGGCAGUGGUAGACAGCUAUACCCGUUCACGGAGAGAGGUCCGUUCUCUUCCUGAAAACAUCCAGUUUGACGUCUAUUAUAAGCUGUACCAGCAAGGACGCUUGUGUCAACUUGGGAGUGAAUUCUGUGAUCUUGAUGUUUUUGCUAAGGUGUUACGAGCUUCAGACAAAAGGCAUCUUCUGCAUCAUUGUUUCCAGGCAUUGAUGGAUCAUGGAGUAAAAGUGGCAUCUGUUUUGGCAUGUGCUUUCAGUAGGCGGUGCUCCUACAUUGCAGACUCUGCAACCCAAGUUAAGGAAAAAAACAUCCAAACAGGUUUUGUUUUAGGUGGCUUUCUGUCUGAUGCUGGUUGGUACAGUGAUGCUGAGAAGGUGUUUUCUUCCUGCCUGCAGCUGUGUAAAUUACAUGAUGAUGUGCUACACUGGUAUCGUGCAGUAGAAUGCUGUGUGAGGUUACUUCAUGUACGAAAUGGCAAUUGUAAAUAUCAGUCAGGAGAAGAAACCUUCAAGUCAGCUCAGUCAUACAUUGAAAAACUAGCCAAACAUGGACACCAGGCAAACAGAGCUGCACUUUACGGAGAGCUGUGUGCUUUGCUGUUUGCAAAGAGUCAUUACGAUGAGGCUUACAAGUGGUGUAUAGAAGCUAUGAAAGAAAUAACACAUGGUUUACCGGUGAAAGUUGUAGUAGAUGUUUUGAGGCAAGCUUCAAAGGCUUGUGUGGUAAAACGAGAAUUUAAGAAGGCAGAACAAUUAAUAAAGCACGCUGUGUACUUAGCGAAGGAACAUUUUGGACCUAAGCAUCCCAAAUAUUCAGACACACUACUUGAUUAUGGAUUUUACUUGCUCAACGUAGACAAUAUAUGCCAGUCUGUUGCAAUAUAUCAGACAGCACUCGAUAUCCGGCAGUCUGUAUUUGGUGGCAGAAACAUCCAUGUAGCUACAGCACAUGAGGAUUUAGCUUAUUCUUCUUAUGUUCAUCAGUACAGCUCUGGAAAGUUUGACAAUGCGCUAUUUCAUGCAGAACGUGCCAUUGAGAUCAUCACUCGCAUUCUUCCUGAAGACCACCUACUGUUAGCCUCCUCCAAAAGAGUCAAAGCACUUAUCUUGGAGGAGAUAGCAAUUGACUGUCACAACAAAGAAACUGAACAGAAACUGCUUCAAGAAGCCCACGAUUUGCAUCUUUCCUCUUUGCAGUUAGCAAAGAAAGCCUUUGGUGAGUUUAAUGUACAAACAGCAAAGCACUAUGGAAACCUUGGAAGACUGUAUCAAUCCAUGAGAAAAUUUAAGGAGGCAGAACAAAUGCACAUCAAAGCUAUUCAUAUCAAAGAGCAGCUGCUUGGCCAAGAAGAUUAUGAGGUCGCUCUUUCAGUGGGCCAUCUAGCAUCUCUGUACAACUAUGAUAUGAAUCAGUAUGAAGAAGCUGAAAAGCUAUAUCUGCGAUCAAUAGCAAUUGGAAAGAAACUUUUUGGUGAAGGCUAUAGUGGACUAGAAUAUGAUUACCGAGGUCUCAUUAAACUGUAUAACUCAGUUGGAAACUAUGAAAAAGUAUUUGAAUACCACAAUAUUUUGGCAAAUUGGAAUCGUCUUCGAGAUAGACAGUUCUCAGUUACAGAUGCUUUAGAGGAUGUAAAUACCAGCAGUCAAUCAACAGAAGAAAUAGUCCAGUCAUUUUUAAUGUCUCAGAAUCAUACUGGACCAAGCUGCUAAUGAACAUGGUCACUUGGCCAACUCUCUCUCUCCCUAAUUGUAUGGGGAACUCCUACUGUGAAAUCUAAAGUUGUAUAACUUACCAGGGGUUGGAAUUCAUGCUGGCACUUUUGAAAGGACAGAUGUAAAUUUUGCAGCCUGCCACUAAGGACAAGCAUUUUUCAAAGUGAUCUUCAGCAAGUAUGGUUCAACUCCCAGUUUGUAUAUAUCACACAAAAACACUAUGUGAGGAAAGCAAAAUCUUGUUUUACAAGAAGGCGUCAUUAUAUGCUGCUUGAUUUUUUUUUUUUAAAGCCUGUACAGGAAAAAGGGUUUCGGAAGAUUAGAACAUUGCGUUCAUGUAAACAACUUGAAAAGCUUUUAGCAACUGGAACCUUUUCCUACUUAGCUAGUUACUUACUACUGGACCAUCACCAUUUGUAUGUACAAAAAGCUUAAAACAUUUUAAAACUGAAAAAAGACAUUGUCAUGCAGAGAACUUCUAUAUGAUAGUUGAUUACAAAUAAAAUUGUACUAUCAGAGUUUUAAAAUA